AUGAAGUUCCUCACCGUUGGCAUCAUUUCUCUGGUCUCUAUGGCCGUUGCACACCCCUACUAUACCACGUCGGCAGUGUCCCCGACCAGCACUUGCGAUCAGAGUACCUCGACUAGCACUUGCCAGGAGAGUACCUCGACUAGCAUUUACCAGGAGGGUACCUCGACUGGCAUUUACCAGGAGAGCACCUCGACUAGCAUUUACCAGGGGAGCACCUCGACUAGCACCUACGAAUGCACCGAGACUGCAAAGCCCUGUGGGAAUAAUUAUGGCUGUCGGUGUAAUAGUGCGGAAGCGACUGCCGACCUAAUUACCCACCGGACCAUGAGGACGACAACUGCUGCCCUGGCAAGGACUGCUAUCAUGAAAAGGACUGCUGCUCUGACAAGGACUGCUGCCCUGACAAGGACUGCUAUCAUGAAAAGGACCGCUGCCAUGAAAAGGACCGCUGCCAUGAAAAGCACCGCCGCCAUGAAAAGCACCGCUGCCAUGAAAAGCACUGCUGCCCUGAGAAGCACUGCCGCCACUAGAAGGACUGCCCGUAGGGCAAGAUAUCGGAAGAUCGUUGACGAUACUACUUAG